AUGUCUCACGAAAGCGUCUGGAACUCGCGCCCGCGAAACUACGGCAAGGGCUCUCGCCAAUGCCGAGUGUCGGAUCAGGAGGAUAUUAGGGCGAUCGACGAAAUUCAAUACAAUGAACCACGAACGCUAACAGGACAUUCUUUUAGCCGCGUCUGCAAGCACAAGGCUGGUCUGAUCCGCAAGUACGACCUUGACCUGUGCCGUCAAUGCUUCCGUGAGAAGGCCAAGGACAUUGGUUUCCACAAGUACCGAUAA